AUGUCCACCAGACUUUCAUUUGUCGAUCUGCUUAUAUUCUCCGCCCCCGAAGGAGAGUCCCCCUUUGCCUAUGCUGCAAACUACAUCGUGCACUUGCUGCCAGAAAAGCCCGACUGGUAUUUCAAACAAAUCAUUGCGACGGGAGUGCUGAACGCAGUGAGCUUUGUUCUUACGCUUGUAUCGUUCAUCAUCGUCGCUCGGAGACGGAAGCUGGCAAAUGAAAUGGGGUCCUUGUGGUUUUUUCGGACUCGCUAUGGCCAUCCGUCACGCAUUCCAUACAUUAUGCCCAAUCCGCUUACCAUGUUUUUAGUAUGGAACGCUAUUUUUUCAAUAUUGAUGCAACCAUACACCUGGCUUAACUACUUUGCAUGGAAAUAUCCUUCCCGAGCGGUUACAAGCAAAGUAUACUUUUGGUAUGGGUUCGUCUUCAUCUUUGAUGGUGCCGGAAUGUGGAUGUCGGCAUUUGGAACUCUGUACGCGACUCUGCUGCCCCGCGUGCUAUUGGGUUCGGAGCGCAAGGUUACUUUCUUACUUCAUCCCAUCCUCUUGAACUUUAUGUGUUUCGCAAUGCCUGCUCUCCUGACCGUCACCCAGCUCAUCACGGCAUCGCUCUCUCAAGCUGCAUGGAGCAAGGCCGUCAACCUGCAGUUUGAUCUCAUCGAGGAUCUCUGGACUUUGUCUGGUCAAUGGCUAGCAACCAAUGGCGAGACCGUCGAUCCAAGCCUUCGCCAGCAAGUCAGUGUAGAAGGGAACACUUUGAUAAGCGCAUUUGUGGAUUCACGAAGCGCAUUUGUCAGGAACGCUUGGGCAGCAGCAGCAUGGUACUUCUUGUGUAUGCUCUUGUUCUCUCCGACGGCUAUAUGGCUUCUCGUCACGCUCAAACGCGCUGCGGGACACCUUGCCCAAAGCUCUCGAUCAGGCUCUACUCAGAAUCAUCGGUCUCUCGGGCCAGACGCUGGUUCAUUUCCACAACGAGUUGGACCGCCUGUUACUCAGCCAAACACCACCCGAGAGCAAAGCAAACAGAAAAAGGCACUUCGGCGCGCAUAUGUUUAUAGCAACGUUUGUGUGUCUGAUGGUGGCGUUGGAUCCUUUAUCUGGGUGUCCAUCGAUAUAGACCGAGUGGCGACCAACCCUGUCGCCCACGCCGUUGCAAUAUUGAUCAGCGACUGGAUAUUGGCCGUUGUUGGGACUAUUAUCAAUAUCCUAAUCAUCAUUCGCAUGUCUUCUCAGGUAGAAGCAGCCGGAUCUCACCAAGAGUCACAGCAUACUCGACUACGUUCGCUAUCCAACGCGCAUACGAUGAUGAACAGACCCACCUCUCCUUCUCACUCUGACCUCGAAAUCGAAAAGCCCAUUCCACUACAUACGAUUUCCACGCACCAGAACUUCUCUGACCUUGAGUUUGGAUCGAGCUACAAGGCGCCAUUGUCGAGUAAUGGUGGGCACUCGUGCAAAGUCGUUGGGGAAGCAGCGUAUGCAUUGGCGACAUAUACGACCCCACCAACAGAGGGGCCUCAUAUCGAUUUGAGCGGUGACUUAAUUGGUCAUAGUACUAGCACUAGUAGCAUCGAAUUCGAUCCGCCUUGCUCCUUGUUUCGCGCGGAUACAAACCUAACCGUCGUCGAGGUCGGCAGCGGAACAGGGUACGGGGGGAUACAUCUAGCUCAGCAAUUGAGCCUAUUUCGCCGGCGCCACGAUGUGCAUACGGGUUUGUCGGUACAAGAUACAGUUAUCCUGACUGACCUUCCGAGUGUCGUGCCUCUGUUGUAUAAGGGACUGGAAGAGCAUACAGGAGCAUUUGGGCAAGUACAGGUCCAGGCACAAGCGCUUGCUUGGGGAGACGUUGGCCAUGCUAAGGAGUUGGCUCGGAUAUUGGGCGAAUUGGGGAGAACUUUAUUGGCGCUUACUUCGCCUCCAUUCUGCCGUGAUUCGAGUCCCGAAAUUAUCAUUGGAUACAGAAUUCGAAGUUUGGCCAAGGAAUCACCAUUUUGGCAAGUUUUUGGGACAUGGUUUACAUUCGAAGCGGUGCUAGCUAGGCACAAAAUCAACGACAAGGGGCGGGGGGACUGGGCUCGGUUCGGGCACAACGGCGAUGCACUGGUUUUCGUUGCGACCCGCCGACCGGAGUCCUUGGGGUGGGAGGUUCCUGUGCUCGACGGGCAAUUAAUGAACGGUUAUGGUCCAACACCACCCAUGCUCGAUGAUACGUUUGAAAGCCUCCUGAUGUUCGGAAUCGCGGACGAUGUGUAG